AUGGCAUUACGACCAGACGUUAAGGGGAAGAAACGUGCCGCGGGUCUCACAGAAGAAGACAUACUCCGACUACGGCAGCAAUGGCAUGAUGAGUUUGUGGACAUAGUCCACGGAACUCCUAAUGAAUUACCACCAUUCAGGGAGGUGAACCAUGAGAUUCACCUUAUUGACGAGAAUAAACAAUAUACAUACCACUUACCUAGGUAUGUGAACGCAGGCUGGUGGGAAGCACGAGCGACAUCACAAGCUGCACCUCUAAUGUGCAUACCUAAGAAGGACGGGAAGUUGCGUACGGUUGUUCACGCACGACAAAGAAACGACAAUACCGUCAAGGACGUAACCCCGUUACCGGACCAGGACGUUAUACGGGAGGACGUAGCUAGAGCAAAAUAUGUGUCAAAACUUGUCCUCGCAGAUGAUGAUAUAAACAAGUGCGAGUGA